UCGUCGUGUAGUGAUUGGAUAUUAAUAUUAAUUACGCGAAAAAAGAUUCACAGCUGUGAAAAGUGAAACAACUGAAAUAUGUGCGCAUCGAAACUUUAGUUCAUGUCCAUAUUUAUCAUGUAAAACAUCAGCUAAUUCCAAGUGUUCGAAAUAUAAUUCGCGUGCGCAUAUCACUUCACCGGACAAUUUUGACUAAUAACCAUGCUCACCAAUGGGUACCGCAUUGGGAAAGAACAGAGAACUGAGAGUCAAUAUUAUGAGUACCUCAUGGGUGGCGGUAUGAAAAGGCUUUUUGAAAAUGCAAAACGAGCAAUUGCAUUCGUGCACGUACAGUCGGAUUCCAAUAGCAUAGAUUUCCCAGAAAUAGUUCCCCGAAGAGAUAUAUGCUGUUGCAAAUUGAGAGCGAGGAAUAUGAAGCGGCAGGUUAUUAGUAGACAUUCAGGAUGCCCCUUUUUCAUAUAUCGAUGUGUGGCAAUAGCUAUGCUAUUUAUGCUUUUAGUCAUGCCAACAGCAUACAGUGCCAAUAGCGAGCAAGAGUCUACUAACUCAAGCUCAAGCGAUUCUUCAAGUGUCAGUGCUCGACCCGAAAUAAUUUUAUUGAAUAACAGGACAAGUACUCACACACUUUCAAACGGCAAUGCGUUCUCCUCAACUAAAAAAAAAAAGACAGAGGACCAUCAUCAAGAGGAUCCUGGUCCGCCGUCAAACCCAAUAAAUGUUCAAACCAAACGUAACAGACAAAGUUUGACAGCGACGUCUAGAUCGGGGACCUUCUCUAGUGCUCAAGGUGUAUCCAUGAAUCGAAAUACAUUGAUCAAUAUUGACAGUAUAUUACACCGCCAAUUGCGCGAGAAAGCCAAGCAGGAUAGCUUGGAGUCGAUUAAGAUGCACAUACUCAUGCGGUUAAAUCUAAAAAAACUACCAAAUAUAACCAAACCUAUCUCAGUGCCACAAAAUAUUUUAGAGGAUUUCUAUAAAGGUUACAAUGCAUCUAUAACAAAUACAAUUUGGCGCCGCAGGGAAUCCACAGGAGAACCGCUAUCACCAGCUGUCCUAAAAAAAGACGAACAAAAUACUAAUAAAAGUAGCGAUUUGGCUGGUGAAUCCGACAUGAGCUUGUCUUCACAAAUGCAAGGGGAUGAUGCUAAUGCUUUAAAUCAGUUUAAAUUGCUUUAUAACCCUGGAAAAGGAAUCCAGGCACAUCCAAAUAUAAAACAAGAUUUUCUAAUGGAUAAUAUUGAUGAUGAAUACGAUAGUAUUCUUUCUCACAUAAGCAGCAUAUACGUGUUUCCUGAACAGCUUCAACCACAUGUUCGACACAACCGUAAAACAGACGUUCUUCGAUUUAAAUUCGACAAUAGUUACUCGGACAUAUCAUAUGCUACACUGCAUUUAUAUCUGCGUGGUUGGGACUGGAUAAGCACCCAUCAGCCGGAACUCAUUGAGGAGAUUGAAAAUCAGCAAAGUAAAGACAUUGUUGUAGCUAUUCAUCGGGCAGUGCGCCGUGCAAAUAACACAAGCUUUACUCACAAGGCCAAAAUGUUUGAAUUUCGCCAAAAAAUUCCAUCAGGACAAGGACAGUGGGUCAACGUAGACCUUAAACCUGUAUUCGGUGAUCGCGGGUCGAAUAAAUCCCAUGAAAUUCUUAUAAAAGGAGUAGAAUCCUGGAUGAAGCCGUUAGUUGUGACCACCGAUAACACAUCGAAUAAUCCAUUAACGGUUCAUAUAGAAAUUGGAUCACAAAAAAAGCAUCGACGAAAACGAAGUGUUUAUAUGGACUGUACUGAAAGUGAUCACGAUAUGAGGUGCUGUCGAUAUCCUCUCAAGGUGAACUUCACAAGUUUUGGAUGGCAUUUCGUUGUUGCACCUACGUCAUUUGAUGCAUACUUUUGCAGUGGCGACUGCAGAGUUGGAUACCUCGAGCAGUAUCCGCACACUCAUCUGGCCGCCUUAACGACUUCGGCCACGCCCUGCUGUUCGCCAACAAAAAUGAGUUCCUUAAGCUUGUUAUAUUUCGACGAUAACCAUAACCUGGUUUUAAGUGUUAUACCAAAUAUGUCUGUGGAGGGAUGCAGCUGUUCCUAGCCAUCAAGUCGAAUUUUUAUCUCGAUUUAAAUACCAAUCAUUUAGAAUAAAUAAAAAUAAUUGUAUGUACAUACUUA